AAAGUCUUCGUCUCUGUUCUGCGAGCCCUUUCUCAAUGGACUUUUCUUCUGUUCUUUCGUCGUUGCAUUCCUCGAUGAAUCGUUUCAGAGGUUCUGCAAAUUCAUUCUUAUCUCAGUAUGAACCACUAUCUCUGCUUAUUGCUCCUCCUCUCGCUAUUUUCGUUGCAUGGAUUCUUCAAUCAUUCCUCCUAUUGGUUCAAGAAAAAGGACUAAAAGCUGUUGUUGUGGGUUUUUUCAUGAACUCCAUCAAGUUGUUUCCUGGUGUGAAUGCCUACAUCGAAGCCGAGAAACGGAAGGUUGUGGAGAAGUUACAAUCUAGUAGUACAUCAAAAAAGGAUAGCUGGCUGACAGAGCUGCCUGUAGCUGGACUUGGGACAGGAGUCAUAGAGAAGAUGAAACUUGAGAAACAGACAGACGUGGCUUGGCAAGGCAAAUGCUCUGGUACAGUAUACAUUGGUGGAAGUGAGUCUGGGAGGCACUUUUCAUUGAUAAACGAGGCAUAUUCAAUGUUUGCCCACACCAAUCCAUUGCAUAUGGAUGUUUUCCAAAGCGUGGUACACUUUGAAGGUGAAGUAGUUGCAAUGACAGCUGCACUACUUGGCAGUAAGGAGAAGGCUUCUGGAGGACAAAUCUGUGGCAAUAUGACAUCUGGUGGGACUGAAAGUAUAUUAUUAGCCAUAAAAUCCUCACGUGACUACAUGAAAACGAAGAAGGGAAUCACAAGACCUGAAAUGAUAAUACCUGUAUCUGCACACUCAGCAUAUGACAAGGCUGCACAAUAUUUUAAUAUUAAGCUGUGGCGUGUCCCCGUCAAUGAAGAAUUUCAGGCAGAUGUCAGAUUGAUUAAACGAUAUAUUAACAAGAACACAAUUUUGAUUGUUGGAUCGGCACCUGGGUUUCCACAUGGCAUCAUUGAUCCCAUUGAAGAGCUUGGUGAAUUGGCAUCAAGUUUUGGAAUUUGCUUCCAUGUUGAUCUGUGCCUUGGUGGCUUUGUAUUGCCUUUUGCUCGUAAGCUUGGGUACCCAAUUCCACCUUUCGAUUUUUGUGUUGAAGGAGUAACAUCAAUAUCUGUGGAUGUGCACAAAUAUGGUUUGGCUCCCAAAGGAACAAGUAUUGUCUUGUACAGGAAUCAUGAAAUUAGAAAGAACCAAUUUGUUGCUGUAACUGAAUGGUCCGGUGGGCUUUAUGUUUCUCCAACCAUCGCUGGAAGCAGGCCUGGGGGAUUGAUUGCAGGGGCUUGGGCGGCUAUGAUGUCUCUAGGGCAAGAAGGAUAUUUGGAGAACACGAGAGAGAUCAUGGAAGUAUCAAAGAGACUACAGAAAGGAAUAAAGGAGAUCCCUGAGCUAUUUAUUGUCGGAAGGCCAGAUAUGACAGUUGUAGCAUUUGGAUCAAAGUGUGUAGACAUAUUUGAGGUCAAUGACAUAAUGUCUACUAGAGGAUGGCAUUUAAAUGCAUUGCAGAAGCCUAACAGUGUUCACAUCUGUGUGACCAUUCAACAUGUACCUGUUGUGGAUGACUUCCUCCGAGAAUUGCGAGAGUCUGUGCAAACUGUAAAAGAAAAUCCUGGUCCAAUUAAGGGAGGGCUUGCUCCAAUCUAUGGUGCUGCAGGGAAGAUGCCUGAUAGAGGUAUGGUUGAGGACUUACUGUUGAAUUACAUGGACAGCUCUUGCUAGCAGCACCAACAUCUGUAGCAACAUUUGUUUUCCAGUUCAUCAAUUGUAACUCAGAACCUGUCAAUUGAUUAUUUUUCUCAGUUCCAUAUGAUUAAUGAUUUUUUAGAAAUGGAAUUUCAACGAUG